CGCCAGUCCCCACGCCCACACACCAGGGCUGCCUCAUCUGGCACUGAUUAUCCCGCCGGCGGCUGCUGCUGCUGCUGCUGCUGCUGCUGCUGCUGGACUCAGCUGCUGCCUCCAGCACUGCCCCCAACCAUGCUGCCUGCUGCCCCAGCCUCUCUCCUGGGGCCCUUCCUUACAGCUUGGGUGCUGCCACUCCUGCUGCCUCUUGCCCAGGGCCAGACCCCCAACUAUACCAGACCCGUGUUCCUGUGUGGAGGGGAUGUGACUGGGGAGUCGGGUUACGUGGCAAGUGAGGGUUUUCCUAACCUCUACCCUCCCAGUAAGGAGUGCAUCUGGACAAUAACGGUCCCUGAGGGCCAGACGGUGUCCCUCUCCUUCCGAGUUUUCGACCUGGAGCUGCACCCCUCCUGCCGGUACGAUGCUCUGGAGGUCUUUGCUGGGUCGGGAACCUCAGGCCAGCGGCUAGGACGCUUCUGUGGGACGUUCCGCCCUGCACCUGUAGUUGCCCCUGGCAACCAGGUGACCUUGAGGAUGACUGCAGAUGAGGGAACCGGAGGAAGAGGCUUCCUGCUCUGGUACAGCGGGAGGGCCACCUCGGGCACCGAGCACCAGUUCUGUGGGGGGCGGCUGGAGAAGGCACAGGGAACCCUGACCACACCCAACUGGCCAGAAUCGGAUUAUCCACCGGGUAUCAGCUGUUCUUGGCACAUCAUCGCACCCCCAAACCAGGUGAUCGCGCUGACCUUUGGGAAGUUCGACGUGGAGCCGGACACCUACUGCCGCUAUGACUCCGUCAGCGUGUUCGACGGAGCUGUGAACGAUGACUCCAAGAGACUGGGGAAAUUCUGCGGGGACAAGGCCCCAGGCCCCAUCUCCUCUGAGGGCAAUGAGCUCCUGGUCCAGUUCGUCUCUGACCUCAGUGUUACCGCGGACGGCUUCUCAGCCACCUACAGGACCCUGCCACGGGGCACCACGGAAAAAGAAGCAGCCCCGAGCCCAAAAGAGGACACCAAGCCCAGUCCUCCAUCCCGCAGCCCUAGCCCUAAGCCGGGACCUGGGCCCAAAAUCAAACCACCUGCCAAAGCCAAGCCCCAACCUGUGGAAAAGGUAGAGGCCUCUGUAGACACCCAGGCAACUCCAGUUGACCUUGAUGUACCCAGUGUCCCUUGCCCAAAGCAAUACCGGAGAACAGGCACCCUGCAGAGCAACUUUUGUGCCAGUAAUCUGGUGGUGACUGGAACAGUGAAGUCCAUGGUUCGGGGUCCAGGAGAGGGCCUCACCGUCACGGUCAGUCUCUCUGGUGUAUACAAAACUGGAGGACUGGACCUGCCUUCCUCACCAACUGACACAUCCCUGAAGUUUUACGUGCCCUGCAGGCAGAUGCCCCCCAUGAAGAAAGGAGCCAAAUAUCUGCUGAUGGGUCAGGUGGAAGCAAACAGAGGCCCGGUCCUUCCUCCAGAUAGCUUCACAGUUCUCUACAGACCCAACCAGGACCAGAUCCUCAACAAUUUAAGCAAGAGGAAGUGCCCCUCCCAGCCCGCACCAGCUGCCUGAGAUCAGGCCAGCACAACUGUAGAUCCUUGGCUACUUUUCUUAUCCAAAUAAAUGUUUCUUAACUGAG